UGCGGACUGCAGUUCUCUGGUUAUAGCCAUGUCAUUAAACCGGCUCAGUUCUCCGUUUCCCCGGGUGUCUUAUUUUGACAGGUUUAAUGUAAUAUUUCAGACUUGAUAAAGCUUUAUUCGGCUUCGGGAAGCUUUCUAAAGCGGGUUUUGGGGAAAUGGGGGAAUCGGGAGAAGGCUCCGUGCUAUUUUUUGGGAAAUCGGAUCCCUUCGCUUUGAAUCCGCCCAUAUGAUUUGGGUGGCAGCCUUGCUCAGGGGGGGCUGCACACCGAGGUCCGAUGCGUCACAUUUAUUUGGGCCUUCUGUACCGGCAGCGGCUCAUCGCCUGAUUUCCUUUUCCUUCUGAAUCAACGCCGUCCUGAAUUCGCUGGAUCACCGAAAAAAUAAGGUGCACCACAGCAUUACACAUGGUGUGUGUAUAUUAUACCCACUCUGGGACAAUUUUACAUUUCAAAUAAUGUAACUGGAGUGAUUCUCCAUCCAAAAACAACAACGCCACGCCCACAAUAUAUCUCUGGUGAACUUUCCACAGCGCCUGUCCACAUCAGUCCCGUUGUGUUCCCCUUGAGUGAGUCCAUACAUGUACAGCGGAAGGAUGACCGAGGCAUGGCAGCAGCAGCAUGCAGUGGCCCCCCCUCCUGUUGCGCAUCCCCUUCUUCAAGGGGCUGAGAACCCCCUGGGCAGCGCUGUGUACGGCAUCGUCCUGCCGGCCGAUCCAGCUUUGCAGCAGUCCCAACACAGCCAGCAUACUCAACAGCACCCGGUGCCAGCCCAGCAGCCCUCUCUGCAAGUCGGGAGCGAGGGUGGGCACAAGUGCGGGGCCUGCGGCCAUGAUAUAUCCCACCUUGCAAACCCUCAUGAGCAUCAGUGCAUGGUGAGCCAAGACCGCUCGUUUCAGUGCACCCAGUGCAUGAAGAUCUUCAAUCAGGCCACUGACCUGCUGGAGCAUCAGUGCGUCCAGGUGGAGCAAAAACCCUUUGUGUGCGGCGUGUGCAAGAUGGGAUUUUCGCUUCUCACCUCUUUAGCUCAACAUCACAAUGAGCAUCAGAACGGCAACAACCCCAUGAAAUGCUCCAUAUGUGAGAAGACCUACAGGCCGGGUUCUGCCUCCUCAAACCCCCAGCAGGCUUCCACGGGAGAGUCCUCCAGUAGUGGAGCAGCUAUGGGCUCCUCUUCUUCUACUGCCUUCCAGGGUUCUGACAGGCCCUACAAGUGCUCUGUGUGCUCCAAGGCUUUCCGUCACCUGUCCGAACUGUCUCGUCACGAGCGUGUGCACACUGGUGAAAAACCCUAUAAGUGCAACACCUGUGAUAAGAGCUUUAGCCAGGCAUCCCACCUGGCUCAUCACCAGCGCACUCACAGCGCCGACCGCCCUUACAAGUGUGCCGUCUGCGAGAAGACGUUCAAGCAUCGUCAGCACCUUGUGCGGCACAUGUAUGCCCACUCUGGUGAGCACCUGUUCAAGUGCAACCUGUGUGAGCUCCACUUCAAGGAGUCGUCCGAACUGCUGCACCACCAGUGCCAGCCGGCAGGUGAGCGGCCUUUCCGCUGUGCCACGUGCGGCAAGAGCUUCAAGCGUCCGUCAGACCUCCGGCAGCACGAGCGCACCCACUCCGAGGACAGGCCCUUCCAAUGUGAGGAGUGCCAGAUGAGUUUCAAGCAGCAGUAUGCGCUUGUACGCCACCGUCGCACACACAAGAAUCCUGCAGACCGGCCCUUUAAGUGUAACCAGUGUGACAAGGGAUUCCUCCAGCCUUCUCAUCUUCUGUACCACCAACACGUCCAUGGCAUUGAGAGCCUGUUCAAAUGUGCUGCUUGCCAGAAAGGUUUCCGACAGUCUGGGGAGCUGCUUAGGCACAAAUGUGGGGAAGCUAGCUCCAGUUCCAAUGCCGUCGAGAAGCCGUACAAGUGCGACGUGUGCGGAAAGGGCUACAAGAAGUCAUCAACGCUCCAGAGGCACCAGAACUCGCACUGCACAGAGAAGCCCCUAAAAUGCUCCUUAUGUGGCCGCCGCUUCCAGUCCUCAUCUGAUUUCGUGCAGCAUCGCUGUGAUCCGGCACGUGAGAAACCCAUGAAGUGCUCAGACUGCGAGAGACGCUUCAAGUAUUCGUCCGAGCUCCAGAGACAUCGUCGCGUCCACACAGGGGAGAAACCGUUUAAGUGCCCUACCUGUGACAAGGGGUUUAAGCAGCGGGAGCAUCUGGCCAAACACGGCAUUGUUCAUUCACGUGAAGCUCAAUUUAAGUGUGUCUGGUGCGGCGAGUGCUUCGGGGAGCUUGGUGCUCUGCAGGAACACACUGUUCAACACACCGCAGAAGGAGGGGGCUAUCCAGUAGCUCCAUGCAUACAGUAGUACCUCAAAACCCUGUGUACAACUAGCUUCUCGCCCUGUCAAGGAAGCCACGAAUACAUAGUGCUUACUUUAGAAACAUGACACUCUUGCUAGUAUGCUAGUUUUGCUAUGAUGUAUCGAGUUUCAUUUGACAUAAGUGCAAAACACGAGAACUGUGAUGACUUUGUUUUUUCAGCUCACCUGUUUCACAGUACAACCAGUAUUCCCUCUUCCAGCCAGGCCUUAAAGCUUAAACUGGAUAGGAAAAGAACUACAAAAGCUGCAGCACAUGAAUGUUCAAGUCAUCAUUAUGGUUUGAACAAAGGUGUUUUUCUACGUUUGUUGAUGUGUAUCCUUACAUGCUAAGGAAGUUCACCUCUCCUCGCGUCAUGAUCAUUGCACACUUAGGUGUAAUACAGAAAAAGAAAAAAAAAGUGUUCAUUAGAUGAUGAUUCUAGGUCAUGCAUUCAAAAAAGGUCAGAAAGAAAGACUGAUUCCCCUUCAGUGUCUGAAAUUUAAAUAUGUUUUGAAAUUCAAGAGGAGGACAUUUGUGCUGUUGUUACAAGUUCAGUUCUCACUGUUUCAAGAUUGCUGAUCUUAAUUCCCUCAAUCUGUCAGGCUUUAAAAUGUUGAGGCCAGACUUGGCCCACCUCCAAGGCCGACAUAAAUAAAAAAUCAUAAAGUACACAAUUUUUCAAAUUGGAUUUCACUGGCUGGAAUAAAUGACUGGGGGCCUGUUAUGGACAAACUGGUUGCCUUUUGACCCUGUGCAGCGUAUGUACAACCUCAUGCUUCUUACCAGCCAUAGUUCUUGUAAAUACGGCCGAUCUGCUCAGUAUAGUGACUAUGUAUUUGUAACGUAUAACUCCCAACGCCUAACCCAUAAUGUAACAGGGUGUGUGCAUGCAUGAAUAACCUACUAUUUGUAUGUUAAUACUUUAUGUUGUAAACUGUCACUGGUGCAUAUUUGUAUGUUCUCUUAUAGGCGAUGUACGGUCGGAUGCAAGAGUAUGGACAACCAUGGUCAAAUUAUGUUUUUUGUUUUAGUGGAAAACAAGUGCACAAAUCCUUUUUCAGGAAACUUAAAUCUGGCAUUUUUACUAAUUUUAGAGUUUAAAUUAACAUGUUAGGAAAAACAAUGUUAAAUAGGCCAUAAAAUGUUUUAGUUUUUUUUCCCCUGCUAAUCACCAUUAAUUUAAAUGCCAGAAGCACGUUCUCUGUAGAGGAUGUGCACUUAUAUCAUUUGACCUCGGGUGCCCAAGCUCUGGCAUAUGACUGCUACAAGCAGUUAGCUCCUCUGGAAGUGUUGGAAUUGUAUGUGAUCAGCAUAAGUGGUGAUAUCAUCCCUGUAGUUAUCAUGGGAGUUUAAACAAUUACCAGUAAGUAACACUAAUGCACUGGUAUGCAUACAGUUUACAGUAAUACAGUGACUUACAUUUGCUUUGAAGCUGCCCAGUAACGGCAUGUCGGUCACAACCAUUAAGUAGUCUCCUUCAAAGAAAAGAAAACAAGGUGUUGUUACUGCUCAUCAACGCUCUAAUACCUGCAAUACUCUUCAGAAAUGGAUGUUUUGUAAUGCUAUGACUUGAGUACAGUGGUAGAAUUUAGUGUCCGUGUAUCUGCACCAUACUGUAAACUGUGUGUUAGUGGUCAUUCCUGUCAGAGGGCAGGUAUUACUCCGUUACAGUGACUCUAGUAUAAUUAUUUCCUUUUUAUAAGAAAUGCUGUUCAUUUUCUUUGCCAUGUAUAUCUUCUUAUUUGUUUUGCGUCCUAAUUUCAAAUGAGUCCGUGAUUCACCAGGCCUUUGAAAAGUGGUUGGUGGGAAACAUUCCAUAACUGUUUAAUUUGCAUCUCUUUAUAAAAACGGUCAACAAAUAUUCAAAUGCACUUUGGUUGUGUUAAUUAGGUAAUACAACAGAGUCAUUUGUUUUAGGAGAAAAAAUGCCUCAAUUUCUACAAAUUUGCACCUUAACACGGUCAGCAUAGAUGAUGUACUGACCGUGCUCAUUUGGACUGUGUACGCCAAAAGGAGACGACCAAUCUGUAGAGAAUACUAAGAAUAAUAAUAUAAAUCUUUGAACAUAAUUUUAUAUGAAUUGUGACAUGUGUUGACUCCCACAAAACAAGAUAUUAUAUUUUCACUAUUCAUUGGAAAACCCUUAUCAUUAAAUCUCUUAACAUAGUCCAUUGCUAGUUUAAGUAAUUUGAAUGUAAUGGAUAACCAAAGGGGACACCGACCUUACCCUCACUAAAACAGUUUUACCCUCCUCCUUUCCCCUGCUCACCUGCUCCCUUAAGACGUAAGUGUGUAGAAGAUGGUGAAGAAACUGAAGUAUGUAUAUAUAUCCCUGUAUGUCAAUAAUUUGUCAUAUCCAUGCACAAAAAAGCUUCACUCAUUUGUAUCAUGACCUUAGGCUACAUGGCAUUAACCAAUAAAUGUUUCAAAAGACA